AUUACUUUUAUAAUAUAACUUACUUAACAGUGCGUUUCCAUCGCUUGGCGUUGACUUAUCAUCACUUAUAUAUAAACUUGAGUCACGAUCGCUUGAAAUGCGCAGUUUUUAUUUUCAAUUUUACUUAAAAAUUUUCUUUCUAAUUUGUCACAUCACUUGAAGUAAUAGUAGUGCCAUUACUGCGUGUGUUAUUAGAGAAAUUUUUUUUCAAAACCAUUUCGUGUUAUUAAACGCUAAUUUUAGUUUGAUUUUCAUCGUCUAAUGUCAAUACAAUAUUUUUGUAAAAAUAACCAAAAUCAUGAAAGAAAAAGAAAUAAUUAAUUUACAGAUACUUUAGUAUUUUUUCAAUUCCUGCUCGUAAAUAAAUAAAUAAAUAAAUUUAAAAAAUGGUCACUUUUUUAAUAAUUAAAAUUAAAUAAGUCAUAAAAAAAUUUGAAUUUUUUGAAAGAAAUAAAUUAUUUUACGAAAGAAAUAAUUAUUUUAAUAAAAAUAGACGAAUAUGGCAAUAAUUAUGAGUAAUUUUGUUCUGGAAUUUUUUGGAGUCGUGGCAGUAGUGCGCUCCUUGGUGUUUACUUGUAUUUUAAAUUAUUUAUUUACAAUUAUUGGGAAAAAAAUGGAGUCCAAUAUAUAAAACCCAUAGUGCCAGUUGGGAAUAUUUGGAAUGCCGUUACUGGAAAAGAACACCUUGAUACGCAACUGAUGUCAUCUUUACAACAGCCUUCGGAGUGAAUCCAAAUAGCCUUGAUAAUACAAAAAGUGAAUUUCGUCACUAAGCGAAAAAAAUACUUGAAGUAAGUUCAAUUAAAGGUGCCCUCGCCUUUUUUUGGACCAAGUAUUAUGGAUUUACUCAAAAUUCCUCUGAUUGAAAGAAGUAGUAGUGAAUUUUUCAUAAAAGUUUUCACAGAAACAUUCGAAUACCUAUAGAGUGAAAAAUAAUAUAAGAAGAAAGGAUUUCUUGGAUCUUUUAAUACAACUUGUCAAUAGUGGUCGUUUAGAGGAGAAUGAUGCAGAAUCAACAAAUAUAUCCGAUUCUUUGGACGAAACUAUGAGACUUUAUCCGCAGCAUUGGCAAUUUUAAAUCGUAUUCGCACGAAGGACAUUGAUUUACCAACAACAAAUUUACAUGUGAGAAAGGGUGUUGACAUUGUGAUUCCUGUUUUGGGAAUUUUGAUCCUGAAAGAUUUACUCCAGAAAAUAUUGCCGCUAGACAUUGAAGCGAUACAAUCUCAUGAGAGAUUGACUCCUGGAAAAUGUUACCGGUCCGACUUCAAAGUAUUUCCAAAAUUUAAUUAUUUUCGUGUUCUCAAUAUUCGGCUAAGAGUGGGGCUUGGCGGGUUGAAUCGCGGGGUCGAUGAAAAGUGCGAUUGAUUAAUUUAUUAAUUGACUUUCGCAAUUCAUCGACACGGGAUCAACAGCGGCUACGCUCUCACGUGCCGGCCGAGGACACGGAAGGUAGUUUUUUUCUUAAAUUCAAAUUUAUUUAAAAAUUCAGUUUAUUAUUUUUUUGUUUUGUAAAAUAUGUGUUUCUUUUUGUGUUAAAUAUAAAGUGUGGCCGUUAAUGACCAUUGGAUACGGAUUUAAUAAAAUGAAGAUAAUUAUUUAUAAUAUUGGACGAAUAUGGUGACUUGGAAGUCGGAACCGGUCGGGAAACCAAAAUCUUCCUCAACAGAACGAGUAUUCUUUGCCAACUGUUGGGUGACUCGUAAGUGCACGACCGUAAUUAAUAAAAUGGCCCUGGAGAUUUCAGGUGCACAAAUUUAUAAAUUUUGAUAAUUAAAAUUAAAUUAUUAUUUAAAAAUGUCUAUGUCUGAUGGUAUAAAAGAAAGAGAGUGAUUUUAGUCGUGUGAUGAAUUGCGAAUUAUUCUUUUUAAUUAUUUUGUUUAUUAAUUUAUUAUUUUGAUUGAUUUCUUUUUAAAUAUUGUUAUUUGGAUGUGCGUAUGUUUGUGUGUCUAUUUGUCAUUUUAUUUUCUAUACUUGUAUAAAUCCCUGACGUCAGGCCUAUUUGAAUUAAACUUUUGACGGAAAUACACAUUUUAUUUCUUUUUGUAAAUUAUUUGUGUGUUUAUUAAUCGAGUAUUUUGUAUUUUGUGCAAUUUCAUUGUUUUAUUUUAUUAUUUUAAAUUCUUUGUUUUAUAAUUUUUAUUGUUUUUGUAUUUUGUAUUGUCGCGGUUUUUAUUUAUUUUCAUGAAAUAAGAAAAUCGUUACAUUUUGGCGCCCGAACAGGGACCAGACGCGUGCCCAACUUUUUUAUUGUAUUCUAUAAAUUUGAAAAAUUUUAUUGUUUAUUUGAACGUUUAGAAAAUAUUUGAAAACUUAUAAAUUUUGUAUAAUGAUUAUUUUCUGUAAUUAUAUAACGGUAAAAUGAAUGUAUGAUUUUUGUGUAUAUGAAUGAGCAAUUUGUAUUAUUUUCGAUUGAAACAAUAGCGCUGACAAAGACAGAAGUAAAACAAAGAGAAGGUGACAAAUGUAAUUAGCAAAUUUUAUUUUUGAUUUCUGAACUUAAAUUAUUUUGACAAUUUUGAAAAUGAAUGUGAACAACGAAAUAUUUAUUGGAAUGAUUUUGCGAAAAUUAAAUAAAAAUAAUGAUUGUUGUCGAGAUUGUGCCAAUCGAGUAUUCGAAACUCUCAAUGAUGCAUUUAAAACUUUUAAUUUUAAUUUUGAAAAAUUUGAUUUAGGAGAAUUUGAAAAUCCGCAUUAUUUUCUUGAACGUAUUGAUAAAUUCUUUGUUUUGAAUAGAAUUUCUAUAAAUGAGCAGUUAACUAUUUUGAAAUAUUUAUUGCACGGCAAGGUGAAAACUUGGUUUCACAUACAACAAUCUCCGUUUAUUGAUAUAAACGACUUUAAAAUUAAAUUUUUAAAUUAUUUCUUUUCAAUUCCGAUUCAAGUUAACUUUAAAUUAAAAUGGUAUUCACGACGUUUCAUUCCCAAAAGGGGAAAUUUGCAGUCUUAUUUUAUGAAUCAGAUCUAUGAAGCACAAUAUUUGUUUUCGGAAAUGGAUAUUGGUGAAAUUUUAUAUAGAAUAAUUCAGCAGAUGCCUAAUCGCGUAAAGGAUGCAUUGGUAACUGUUGAUUAUUUAAAUUUUGAUAGAAUUUUACAGUCUUUGGUAAAUUUAGAUUUGAUUUAUCAAGAUAAACAAAAUGCUCGAAACAAUGAAUGCAAAGAUUUUUUAAAUUAUGCACCUCCUUUGAUGCCUUUGUCAUGCAUGGAUUUUGGGAAAUUGGAGCAAUCAACUAAAAAUUUGAAUAUUAAUGAUAAUGAUGGUAGUAGUCAAGAAAGUUUAAGGGGGAUCGAUAAAAAUGCUGUUUAUAGGGGGAUUGAAUUUACAAAUUUUGAUUCGACAAUCAGUCUCACUGAGCAUGUUUGUGAAAAAGACUUUGUAAAUAACACAAAAUUAUAUAAUAUUGAUGAUUUUGAUUUUCAAAUGAAUAUUAAUUCUUGUAAUAAUUCGAUGAAUGAUAGUGGAAUUGAUUUAGAGAUCGAAGAAUCUCAAAUUAAUCAAAGUCAGGAAAAUUCUAGGGAUGAAGUUCGGGGUCAGACGACAGAUGAUCUGAAUUCCACUUCGGAAGAAUAUUCUCCUGAAAGAAAGAAUAUAAUAAACGAUAAAUUUUGUGAUUUUUAUAAUGAAAAAUUUUGUACUGAGAAAUUGUUUGAUUAUUUUUGUUUGUGUAAAAAAAUGUUGUUUGACAUGAAUUCAGCCUCGAGUUUAAUAGCUGAUAAAGAUUUUAAAUUUCGAUUGAUUGCUUCAAGAGAUUUAGAACCUGACAAGGAUGUUAAAGGAGAGUGAAGGGUGUUGUUUCUUAUGCAUGUAUUUUUGUAUAAUUAAAUUUUUAUGAUUUUAUUUGUGGAUUUAAAAUUUAAUAUAAUUAUGGUAAUUAUAUUACCUUAAAAAAAAAAUCGUGCUCUAAUCUGAAAGUUGCAACAAAUUAUGGUUCAGAGUUAUAUUUUGACAAUUAAUUUUGUAUAUGGUUCAGGCAGGUUCCAUUGCAAGAUUGUUCGAGAAAUAUACACUGCCAUUUGUGCAAGUAAGAAAUUAUCAGUUCUGCCAGCUGUCAUUUCGUUUUGGAGUUAGUAGUAUCGAUACAUUUAUUGUUAUGAAUAUUUACUUUUGAAUUUGAUUUUUGAUAUGUUUAAGAAAAAAAUGAUGAAUGAUUUGUGUUUAUUUUUUAUUUUUGUGGAUUUUUAUUAUGUUUAAUAUUUACCAUCUUAUAUUUAAAGAUUUAUGUUUGUUUAUAGUUGACAUGAGUAUUCGAUUGGUAUAUCUAUAUAAAAAAAAAGGAACAGAAAAUGUUGAAAUUUAUUUAUAUUUAUUAAAAUGAACCUCAUGAUGAAUUUGAUAUUAUGUAAUUCCGAAUUAUUUUGUAAUUGUCAUGAGAUUUUUGUGUAAUUUUUAUGUGUGUGAGUUAAUGAUUUAAUUGUUUUACUUGAUUAAUUGAAAAAGAAUCAAGUAAAAGGGGGAUAAUGAAGCGAUACAAUCUCAUGAGAGAUUGACUCCUGGAAAAUGUUACCGGUCCGACUUCAAAGUAUUUCCAAAAUUUAAUUAUUUUCGUGUUCUCAAUAUUCGGCUAAGAGUGGGGCUUGGCGGGUUGAAUCGCGGGGUCGAUGAAAAGUGCGAUUGAUUAAUUUAUUAAUUGACUUUCGCAAUUCAUCGACACGGGAUCAACAGCGGCUACGCUCUCACGUGCCGGCCGAGGACACGGAAGGUAGUUUUUUUCUUAAAUUCAAAUUUAUUUAAAAAUUCAGUUUAUUAUUUUUUAUUUUGUAAAAUAUGUGUUUCUUUUUGUGUUAAAUAUAAAGUGUGGCCGUUAAUGACCAUUGGAUACGGAUUUAAUAAAAUGAAGAUAAUUAUUUAUAAUAUUGGACGAAUAUGGUGACUUGGAAGUCGGAACCGGUCGGGAAACCAAAAUCUUCCUCAACAGAACGAGUAUUCUUUGCCAACUGUUGGGUGACUCGUAAGUGCACGACCGUAAUUAAUAAAAUGGCCCUGGAGAUUUCAGGUGCACAAAUUUAUAAAUUUUGAUAAUUAAAAUUAAAUUAUUAUUUAAAAAUGUCUAUGUCUGAUGGUAUAAAAGAAAGAGAGUGAUUUUAGUCGUGUGAUGAAUUGCGAAUUAUUCUUUUUAAUUAUUUUGUUUAUUAAUUUAUUAUUUUGAUUGAUUUCUUUUUAAAUAUUGUUAUUUGGAUGUGCGUAUGUUUGUGUGUCUAUUUGUCAUUUUAUUUUCUAUACUUGUAUAAAUCCCUGACGUCAGGCCUAUUUGAAUUAAACUUUUGACGGAAAUACACAUUUUAUUUCUUUUUGUAAA